CUGCGCCGUCAACAACGCUAAGCAAUCCCAAGAGAAAUGGAAAGGGUUUUUUUUCUUUUCUUUCCGAGAGCAGACUGCUAACAAGAGGUCAGAGGGGGAUUAUGUGAAAGAGAGACACGUGAAUUUCUUGAGACGGCAAGGGAGUAAGAAAGGAAAGGGGAAGCUGUGAAGAAAGGGACGGAGACACUGGUACAGGGAGACAAAAGUUGAGGAAAGUUUUUAAGGAGUCAUUUGGUGACCAUGGACCCAACGUGCUCUUCUGAGUGCAUUUAUAACCUCAUACCCAGAGCCCUGAAGGAGCCUCCCCAGCCUCCUAGGUACAUAUCAGUUUUUAGGACAGCUGUAAAAGAUGACACGCACAAAGUUAAAACUGCAAUGAAAACUAUGGGACCAGCAAAAGUUGAAGUACCUUCUCCAAAGGAUUUCCUAAAGAAACAUUCAAAGGAAAAAACUCUACCACCAAAAAAAAAGUUCGAUCGGAAUGAACCCAAAAAGCCUGCGGUACCAUUGAGAGGUGACCAUCCAGUCAUGGGAAUACAGAGCGGAAAAAAUUUUAUAAACACCAAUGCAGCUGAUGUCAUCAUGGGAGUGGCCAAAAAGCCUAAGCCAAUUUACGUCGACAAAAGAACUGGAGACAAGCAUGAUCUUGAAACCUCAGGACUACUUCCCAAGUACAUCAAUAAAAAGGAUUAUGGCGUCACACCUGAAUACAUAUGUAAGCGAAAUGAGGAAGUAAAGAAAGCCCAAGAAGAAUAUGAUUGUUAUAUCCAGGAAAAACUCCAGAAAGCUGCGAUGAAAAGGCUCUCCGAUGAAGAAAGGGAGGCAGUUCUGCGGGGGCUGAAAAAGAACUGGGAGGAAGUCCACAAGGAGUUCCAGUCCCUCUCCGUCUUCAUAGAUUCCAUCCCAAAGAAGAUCCGCAAGCAGAAGCUGGAGGAAGAAAUGAAGCAACUGGAACAUGACAUUGCUGUCAUCGAAAAGCACAAAAUUAUUUAUAUUGCCAAUAAGUAAUAAUGGAUUUUUAAAGUAUAAUAACUUUAAUGUAAGAACAAAACAUGGAAAAUAUAAAAAUAAAACUUAUGUUUUUUUAAAAGGAAAAUGCUAUGAGGAGAAUAAAAAAUGUCAUAAUCAAAAUGCUUAGGCAAUGUUUAAAGAAUAAUUGUUAUUUCCUUACACAAGAGAAAAUUUUGUUUUUACUAAUGUUAUGUUUUCCACAUCUAAACUGUUAAAGUCUGGGGUUCCAUGUUCCAGUUCUAUAAUGUCAUUCAUUAUUAUUUUGUGCUUGUUUCACAUUAACGUUAAUUUCUGGGCUCUGAAAAAAUAAAGUCAGGACUCAGAACUUCAGAGUUUUUCUGCACUAUAUGAUACAAAGAGCACAACUUUAAAAACUGUUAAGUAUUUAGAAUUGGAAAUAGUAGCAUAUGCUUUCUUGUUACUCUGCAGUGUUUCCUACAGGUUGUUUCUGAGCUCCACAGAUUUAAAAGAUACAUUUUCCAGUGGCCUAUGAUACUUGCAGUUAUUCCUAACAAUAAAUAUUUCCGGUACUUAUAACACUAUAUAUAUUUGGAGGAAGAAAAAUUACAGAAGACAACUUACAAAAUCAAGAGGACAACUUAUAAAAGGCAUCAUUGAAGGUGAGUGAUUAAAGAGAAUAACCUCCUUCCUGGUAUAUCAAUGUUUAAAACCUUUGAUACUCAUUCCAUAAUUUGCUAUGUGUAUUUUACUAAAGUGAGUUAUUUUUGUCUUUUUGGUCCUUAUCUAUUUUGUGAAUUCUAAAGUUACUGUUUGUAAGAUUACAUAAUUUAUUAAGCAAUAAGUUUAUGUAAGUAGAGCUGUUUUCAACUCACAAUAAGAAAAAAAAUCUAUAAAUAUCUAAGAGAAGAAGAUAUGAAAUUUUAGAUUAAGGAAAUUUGAUAAAAUAUAAGCAAACUACAAAAUAUCAGAGAAAUAACAAUUUCUAUUGCUUAACACUUAUUUUUAUCAUCUAGACAACACAGGAAAAGAAUGACAAUUUUUUCAAACUUUUUCACAAACAGAAUUUGAGAGCAUUGUAGAAAAGCUUACUUUUAGUUAAUUAAAGAAAAAUGUUUAGGUACAAUUAUUUUUUGAAAAUUUGCUUUAACCUUUUUCCACAUCUCUUUAUGAGCCCUCCUUCUUUACUCCUUUGUUAACUUAGGGCAGAUAUAAAAUAAAGGAUAGUAUUGAUAAAUUCUUGCUUAUCCAGAAUGGGUGGUUACUGUUUAGGGGAGGCUAACAGCUGUGACAA